GACCCUGAACUUUGGAUGGGGGGUGAGGGAUGGAAGUGAACGAAGUAAACAGAUCAGCAAUCAUGUUGUGAUUGGGUGAAAUUUGGAUUUAGGCAUAUUACCACUGGCCCCCGUUUCCCCCAGUGCAAUGGGAUGACAGCAAAUAGUAUCACGAUAGUACAGCCCUUUCUAAAAAAGGCCACAGAGCCAGACUGCUAACCAUAUUUAGCUCUACUAAAUUACAAUUGGCACCAGCAAGCCUUGGUUGUCACCUACUGACAUUUUGUUCAGCCCUGAAAAUGAAAACACAGUUGCCUGCACUGUUUUAAAUGAUGCGAGUCACUGGGGACUUGCAGAUAGGGAAAGAUAAGGCAAAGCAGCAAGUUCAUUGUGACUUAGGAUCUCAGGGCCACUACCACCACAGUCAAAAGAUGAUGUUCUGUGUUUCUGAGGUGGUGAAAAGUGUUCAUGUAUGGCUUCAGGGUCACAAGAGGUGUCUUUGCAGCCAGCUAGGGUGAGAACCCACCAGGGAGAAGCAGUACCUGCCCCAUCUCUACCCCGACCCUCACUGACAGGUAGUAGUACCUGUACAUCUGUGCUCACCAUGAGUAUGAAACACUCACCAUGAAACUCACCGUGAAAAUGCUUUAAUGGAUCCACUCUGAUGGUAAAACAUGACUGCUCUCCUUUGUGUCCUCAGGUCUGGCUGAGAAAGGGUGACACUGGGAGCUGCACCCUUCGAGUUUCCUCCUGGUGGUGGAGGGGCUGGAGCUGGGGAGCCUCUUGGGGGUCCCUGGGAGGUGGGGGCUCAGAUUUGGGCCAUUCCUGCUCUUUCUGCCCACCCUGGGCAGACGGCUCGGAAACCUGCCAGCACUGUCUGCACCAGCUGCUGGAGCUGGUGGCAAUGGGAGCCGGGGGCACGACAGCUCCAGCAGCAGAAACCCCAAAGCGGUCUGGGCAGCGAGGGGAGUUAAGUCAUACAGGGUAAACCUCCAUCAGAGAGUGUCAGGGAGCUGGUGCAGGACUCCGGGAAGGGGGCUGGUCCUUUCCUCUCAUGCGGGGGGCACAGAGUAUUCUUGGUUCUGCCUCUCCCAUCUCCCUGUGAAGUAUUGCUCCAGAAGUGACAGUGUUAACAAAUACAGUGGAGGAGACUGCUCUGUAAGCUGAGCUACACGGUCACAUGCACAGGUUUUAUUUUUAACAUCCCAAAACUACUUGAUGUUUCUGUCUGGGCUUGCUCCGUGUCCUCCCAUUUCUUGUCUCUCUUUGCUUGCAGCUCUCCCUCACCCACCUCACUUCAACCCAGCGGAGCGCAGCCAGGAGGGCAAGUGUGCAGCACACACAAAGGGACUCUAUGAUUAAGCGCCGGGCUCAGAAAGCUGCCCUGGGCCAGCACAGGCACUGCGAGAGAUGCUUCAGUCAGCACUGCCGCGUGCCGGCUGAGCCCACCGUCUCCUGCGUGGUGAUCAGCUGCCGCCUCCACUGCGGGGCCACCUUCCACAUGUGCAAGGAGGAGGAACACCAGUUGCUCUGUCCCCUAGAGCAGGUCUCCUGCCUCAACGCAGGCUACGGCUGCCCUUUAUCCAUGGCCCGCUUUAAGCUGGGGAAGCACCUCCAGGUCUGUCCAGCCAGCGUGGUCUGCUGCUCCAUGGAGUGGAAUCGCUGGCCAAAUGUGGAUUCGGACACCACCCUCCACAACAACAUCAUGAAGGAGACCUUGAACGAAGAAUGUCUGGACACAGCCUUGGCACUCAGAGACCAGAAGAUACUUUUCAGGACUUUGAAAAUAGGUGACUUGUUUCCAGAGUGGAGGAAAAAGGAUGUGGCGGAAGGGCUGGUGGAUGAAGCUGUGGGUGGGGAAGAAGGUGCUGUGGGAGGAGCAGCCUGUGGUUCCCGAGAGGGUGACAACCAGUUGCCCGAGCUCAGCCAACGCGAGCGUGAAGAUUUAGCGAAGGACAAAGAGGGAAUGGAUCUGGGGAGUUACAAAACCUGGGAGAACAUUUUCAGCAAAGAGCUCCUGGCUUGCAAGGUAACAGGCUCGGCAACCAGCACAGAACAAGCGGUGGAGAAGGCUUCCAGGAAAACAGCAUCAGCCCCGUAUGCUGCCAGCUCCACGGAGAAGGCAAAGGAAGGACCUAAGGGCACAGACGAGGCAAAGGACCAAAAGCCUGAGCAAGUAACACCGAACACAGAAAUGACAGGACUGGCUCCCUGGCAAGAAGGGGUCCUGGAGAGGCUGAAGAACAAAGUUGGUAUAGGUGACUACAACAUGUAUCUGGUACAUCACGGGGGAAUGCUCAUCCGCUUCGGCCAGCUAGCCGCUUGCACUCCCAAAGAAAAAGACUUUGUCUAUGGCAACCUGGAAGCUCAGGAGGUGAAGACUGUCUACACCUUCAAAGUGCCAGUUAGUUACUGUGGCAAAAGAGCACGACUAGGAGAUGCAAUGGGCCACAAGAUGCCAACUUCAGACAAGUCUGUGGAUACCUCAGAAUUGGGACUAAACCUAGAAGAACUACCUAAGGCAAAUAUAGUUACAGCCACCCUGCUGUGUGCACUGGAAAAAGAGCUGAAAGGCCACGAGAUCUCUGAAGCAAGAGGUAUCGAUGGGCUCUUUGUGGAUUUUGCAACACAGACGUACAGCUUUCCCCUGGAGCCCUUCUCCUCCAAUGCUGUUCUAGCAGAUACUCUGGAUGAAGAGAGCCCACCAGAACUCCACAUGGAGCUCUACACUGAAUGUGUAACCAGGAGGCACAACAAAAGCAGUUCAGCUUUCACGUUCACUUGCAGUCAUUUCUUCCGGAGGGAUGAGUUCCCGUCCCACUUCAAGAAUGUGCAUGCUGAUAUUCAGUCAUGUCUGGAUGGAUGGUUCCAGCAUCGCUGCCCACUGGCCUACUUGGGAUGCACUUUUGUUCAAAAUCCUUUCUGCCCCGAUGGACUUAAGGCCAAGGUUAUAUACAGCAAGCCCCUCAAGACAUUUGCUAUUAAGCCAGAGGUGGACCCGCUCCUUGCUGAGUCAGGGAAGUGCAGUCCCACGGUGGCUAAUCAACAGAGGAGUAAGGACUUGCUGAGCAGCCUCCCGCUGGAAGUGCUCAAGUACAUCGCGGGGUUCCUGGACAGCUUCAGUUUAUCUCAGUUGUCCCAAGUGUCAGUGCUGAUGAGGGACAUCUGUGCCACUCUUCUUCAAGAGAGAGGAAUGGUCCUGCUGGUCUGGGAGAAAAAAAGAUAUUCCCAUGGCGGUACUUCAUGGAAAGCUCACAAAAAGAUCUGGCAGUUCAGCAGCCUGUUCUCCCGAGUUAACAAAUGGCAGCGCAGCAACAUCAUGUGCAUGUCAGAGCACCUGAAGAAUUGUCCCUUCUACCAAGUGGAGCCCCGGACGGACCCCGUGAUGCUGGCUGGCAUGUGCGAAUCUCAAGAGCAGACUCAAAAGACUUUGGUUUCUACCUUCAAGCGCAGAGUCUAAAUAACCUGCUCCCACUCUGCCACACUCCUUUCAGGGCCCUUGAAAAGAAGAUUUGGGAAUUUGGGUGUAAAGAUUGUUGCUUCCAACUCUCCUUUGGACAUACAAAACUGGCUUCUCCCCAGCUGUGUUUGAAAUCUCCUGCAUCUUUUUUUUUUUUUUUUUCUUCCCUUGCACUAAUUUAACUGUUAAAAUGUCAGCCACUCCUCACUGAUAUCACAUGCUUUCUGUUUAUGUUUCUGUUCCUUGCUUAAUACAGCAUCCUGAAGAAAGCAAUAAGGAUCUUGUGUGAAAACAGCAUCUUUGCAACCUGGAAGGUAGGCUGCCGCUCCCGUCCCUUGUCCCUGCGAGAAGCAAGAGCAGUCGUACCUAGCUACGAGGUCUGAAACACCUCGGCUUUACUGGCAAAGCCAGGGUCUAGGAGCAUGGGUAGACACCAUCCUGCCUGGCAGACCUAGGGGCUGCUGGUCUGUCCUCAGAUAUGGGCAAAAGAAAAGGAGCCCCCACAACUAAGUGGAUUAAUUAGAACUCCAGUUCUAAUCUUCUAGGCUCAGGAAUUUGCUGCGCAGCCGCAGACCGUCAUUUAAGACCCCGAUGCAGGCAGGCUGCCCAGCUGAGCGCAAAGCUAAAGCCGAGCUCAGGGAAGCGUCCAAACCAACCCAAAGCGAACAGACUUGCUCUUUGUUAGAAAUCACCAAGUAGCAAACACUUUCAGGUGUUCAAUUGACUUUUUAUAUUUUUCAGUUAAUAACAUUCUCUGUUUUAUUUAAAAAUCCAUUGAAGCCAUCAAAGGCUAUUUGAAGUCAAUUUCAGAAUGCCUCACCUGCUCAGUUGUAUGUUGCGAAUGGCAACUGUAAACAACAUGUCAAAGAAAUAACAUUCUUUUCUAGAAAAGCAAAGGCACCCAGAAGCCCAUUCUGUAACAGUACGGAUAGUGUCUGCUUCAGUUAAAUUGGCUGGAGUACAAUAAUAAUUUAUUUUUUUUUUUUACAGAGCAGAAGAUUGAUUAGGAUUUGGUUUAUUUUUUUAAUAAAUACACUAAUUUAAAACCAGAAUGUGCUUGUUGAGGCAACAGAUGAGAGCAAGUGGGCAGGUUACCAACAGCACCUGUCUUACCACGCUAUUUAAGCCCCUUUCGGAGGCACUAGCUGGAGAUGCUGCAGUGACGGUGGUCGGGGGGAAUUCCCUGGAACGGCCAUAAACCCAUAAACCACUCCACAAGCCGACAGCAACUGCGCAGCCACAGCCGUGCUGACUCAUGCCCCAUUCUUUUUUCAGCUGGUAGCCAGAAGUGCAAGCUAGGGCCAUGAGGUCUGCCUUUCACCUCACCAUCUCGGGCAUGAGAAGCUCGCUGGGAGCCGGGACAUGUGCUGGCCUGGACCGCUGCUCCCCACGCCUGGCUGCCCGGGUGGAAGCUGGCCCCGGUGGAUGGGCACAUGCCACACUGGCCACCCCUGGCCCCAGGACAGACCUGGGAUGAGGCAGCUGUGCAAGGAGGAGCCCUCUCUUACUGAUAAAAAUUGGUGAUGAACCUGAGCUGGGCGCUUGGUAAUUGAAGGCACAAGUUACGUGGUGAGCAAACCUGUGCCAAGAGCAGCUCGUCCUUCUCUGUGCUUGCAGCUUAAGUGGUUCCUGUGAGAAUUUUAACCAUACAAGGAUGUUUUUCCUCUCCAGACACACACCCUCAGGAGCAUAUCAGCCGAGUUGUGGGGACAGUGGAUUGAUCUCAGGAGUAGGAGUAGCAGCAGUUACACUUACUGUCAUAUUUUUUUAAUGCUGUUCUGUUUUCUGUCCCCAGAGAUCCUUUCUGGAAAGUCUCAUGAUGCUUUACACAUGAGAAUAAACUUGUCUGCGCAGGUAUCCUGUGAAAAACACAGCUAGCAUGGCAGUUCUGUGCAGAAGAAACUGAAGCAAAUGGACACAGGGAACGUAAGCUGGGCCAGGAGCAGUUAAAGCUGGGUGCUUGCAUCCUUCACCCCAUGGCUUAAGCCACUGCACAACAAACUGUCCAUCCCUUAAAGCUGCCUAUAAAAACUCACCUGUCCUCAAAACAUCUCAUAAGUUGCCUGAUAUUGUCACUCUGUUUUACCAGGGAAGCUGACAGAGGUGAUGUAGCUGGAGCCCAACUCAGCCUCACAUGGGGCACCCACUGUUGCAGCACAAGCAAGCUAUCAGGCUGCAACAAGGCUUUUAUGGUCAGCCAGAUUCUACUGUCUGUGCCACUUCUCCUUCCUCCAGAGAUCAGAUCCAACCCCCAACCCCCCCCCCCCCCCCCUUCAGGGCUAUUCAACCACUUAGCAGGAACGAGCUACAGCUGCGCAUCAUCCAGGUCCAUCAACCCACUUUCUUCGAGGCAAGGCCACAGCUGCAUAUUAGCAAUGCGAAUCAACCCACCAACUUCAUUCCUCUACAAGGUGAGAAGAUACAGCCAGACUUCCCAGACUAGUCCCUACAUGAGGGUCCUAUACUUCACUGGUCAUCUACCUGAUUCUGAAAGAUGCUGAGCACCCAACUGUAGCUGCAGACCAGGGCAGCUGCAAGUGCAUGUCCCAAAAUCAGGUGCCAGUAUCUGCACUGGGUACUUAAAAACAUAUCCAUAAAAUUAUGGAUAGUUUGAGGAGAGGGAAAAAGAAGAUGCUUAAAUAAUAGGGUCUCAGAGUAAGGCAGCGUUCAAGGCUGGUGUGAGAGAUGGUUAGAAGGUUCAGCCUGUGCGCCAUCUCCCGCUGCUCAGCCGCUCAGCUGCCCUGAAACCGGGGCUGAUGUUCAGUGUGAAUGGGGCUCGUGUCACCUUUAGUGCCAGUGUCACUGGCACCACUGCUGUCCUGCUGCUGGCCUCCUGUCAAUGCCAGAGGAUUUUGUUCUUGUAUCUCCCUGCUCCUGGAGAUCACUUGACUGCAGUUCCAGCCUUAUUGCCACCGAUCCUGCUCCUUCCCAGUGCCGCGGGUGCCGGAGCCAGCCUACAGGGAGGAUGCAAACGUGCGGGUCAGAGACAGGAAUGUCGCAACCUUCUCCUGGGAUCAGCUGGGGUGCACAUAGAACAUCUGGGAGACGGGAUCAUUUUCCUUCUGGUACUGCUGUAGGGUACGCUGGAGAGAUGCAGAGAGAGAGAGCGAUUCACCCCUGUGAAUAUAUAGAUAUACUUCUGUGAACUGUACAUUUGGUUAAGUAGCCUUCAGCAUGGAUGCUGGAAACCCACGAUCAUCUUCAGGCUGGUCUGGUUAGGCUGGCCCUGGAAGGGAGACAGCUCUGUGGGCAAGGGGGGGGCACCCUUCCACCAGCAUAAGAAUGCCGGCUUCAAGCUGCUCCUUACCGUGCCCUGCACUGAACGCUGGUGGGGGGCUGGGGGCUGGGGGCAGGGGUGAUUCCAUUGAUCAGGACAUGUGCCAAGCCAGGUCAGUGCCAACAGUCCUGCUCAUUAGCAGAGUUGGCAGAAGCUUUGGGGAGCUGCAAGGAACCGAGUCUGCCUGCCCUGCUUGUCUUGGUGAGCAUAACGCUGGCUUAAAAGGCAAGGGGCUUCAGCGCGGGUUCAGCAAGUCCUUGGGCUCCUCGUUUAAGCUUGCAACCAACAGGAAGUGAAAACCCUUCCUAAAUUGCAGCUUGAGGGAUUUGGUAAGAAGAAAGUGAGCAUUUGGUGUUUUCCAGUACAGGUCUUCUGUUGUGGAGGGGUCUGAACUGGAAAAGGGGAUCCAAGUCCAGCAGAGCACUGAGGUCACGCUCAGUCAGAUCCCACACUCAGGACCUCCGUGGCUCCGGUCCCAUUUGUGUUGCCCACAAAUCUUGCAAAGGGUGCGAGCAACACUCCGCACACCCCAGGCUGGCACGUUUUGUGGCGUUUCCUCUUGUUGGAAGAACAAGAACUGAAACGAUGGUAUCAUGGAAAUCAGAGAGGUGAGAGCAGGGCAAAAAGGCUCGGGACAAGGGAACAGGAAUGGGGGAAUAGGAAUGCAUUUGGUGUCACAAGGAGAGGCAAGUGAGACAGGUAAAAGGGCACAGAGCUGAAGGGAACUGAGGUGUGGAAGAGGUGAUGCAGCUGCAAACAGUUUGGGAGGGAACAGUUCGGUUCUGCAGACGCUGGGAGGGCAGGAGCAGCGUUUAGGAGAGCAGAGGCGUAAGGGGAAUGGAGACUUGAUGUGAUUUGGUUUGGUUUCUGCUGACAAAAGAAGAGAUGUGGGUGAGCCUGGUGAACGCGGUGAGAUGCAGGCUGUUCCGCACCGUCAUUGACACAGCGGACUGUGUUGUUGAAACGUGGGCUGAGGGGCCAUGGCAGAACCACAGAGUCACACACUGUGAUGCUCCCGUGGGCUCAUCAUUUGCCACCAAUGACAGACUUGCUGGACAAACGCUUCUUGAGGAAGGCGCUGGAGAUUCCCAGCCCCUGUUAUACAGCGACCUGGGGCAGAUGAUAAUUAUGAGGGGUGAAAGGGUAGGUCCCCUGCUGACAUGUAUCUAAGUCAGGGCUGGGGGAAGAAAUUACUCUGACUCGCAAAACCAAGUAAGCCCAGAUAAGGUGAAGUUUAUCGAAACAGUGUUGGUUAUUUUGCAAAACUCUGUAACUCCUUGUCGCUUUCUUAAGAAUAAAAAUGAUUAUAGUUUAAAAAAAUGCAGCAAAAUCCAAGUCUUAGCUUGUUUUCUUAAUUUCAUCACAUUAAUGUUUGUUCUGAUUUCAAAUCAGAACUGGUAGUUCCUGUCCUCUCAUAUUCAUUACACUCCUUUCCUCUGCUCCACUCUCUGCUACCAUUUUCCUGGCUGAAGACUAUUAUUUGUAUUUUUUAUUUAAAUCUAUCCUAUACUUACUUAAUUUUAACAAUUAUUUUGAUCUUGUCCUCUUUGCAUAGCCACUUUCUCCUUCCUGGUUCAGUUAUUAUAAGAAAAACUUUCUCUGCUUACAAAAGUCCAUUUUCCAGACUGAUGUUACAUUUGAUCUAAAAACAUUUGAAGAAGAAUUUUCUUUGCCAAUCUCUGUCCUCACUCUUCACCUUGUGGCUGUUCACCCAGGUGCUACAGAGGGAUGCCUGCUUCCCCGCUUGAGGUGCAGGUUCCACAGCCACUGUGCGUCUCUCAGAAAUCUUGAGUGUCUUUCACAUCCAGUGUCCUUACCACUAUAGUCCACUUUAAAAAAACUGCUUAUUUCCUUAGGGUUUGAUUUCUUUUGAAACAAGACCUGCAUGUACAGGACAAGCCUAUUCUUAUUUAGCUUCCCACUUAAUUUAGGUGUAAGGAUUAUGAUCACACGCUCCAAAUAUAUUUUUGAUGACCACUUGCUCUAUGACUUAAUCACUAUUUACAACCAGUGAAUCUUUUGUAGGUUCAGUGAUGGUUUUGUGGAGGAAUUUGUCAUCUGUCAUAUUGCGAAUUAUAGGCCUGGGGCCCCUUGUGAUCAUGACAGAUUAUUCUCUGGUCCGUUACUCUGCAGUUAGUUUCCCCAUGGCAGCAUGGUUCUUACUGGGAUUUAUCUCUUUUAAUAUUAGUUCCCUCCCUUCAUAUCCAGCUGUGAUCCUGAGUGCUUCACAGCUGACUCUGAGCUGCAGCACUAAAAAGCCUCUUUUAACUUUCUGAGUUUGAUUUAAACAACCUAUAGCAUCACCCAUGUGAUGCUCAGGCACUGUUUUUAUCUUCCUUUCUACCAGUCCUGAACAGCCCAGUAUUUUAAUACCAGGGAUGACUUAUUCUACCAUAGUUGCUUGCAUGAUAGCUGGUUUACAUCCCGUAAUAGCUGCUCACAGCACUUUCCUACCGAUAUCUGGAAG